GAUAUUUUCACCAUUUUUUCAUCAGGUUUCCCGUGGAAAAAUAAAUCUGUGCAGGCUGUGUGUAGUUGCUAGUUUUCGUUUGAUAUAUGGAUCGUUACACCUGGCCUCCGGGAAGGGCAUGGUGCCUCCCGUCUCCGGAGUCCGAGUUGAUCAAAUGCAGAGGACGCCAAUUGGCUGGUGACUGCAUUCCGUCUCACCGGCCGGAGCGCUUGAGCCUUGUUCGGAGCGGUGGUGGAAGGCGAAAAAUCCAGGCUCGGCUCCAGUUCGCCCGAGUCCGAGAGAGUUAUUCGGAAUUGCCACCUGUGGCGUCCAGUUUGGACCUGUGGCCACCGGCCAGUUUUCUGUGCACCCUGACUGUUGCGCUCUGCACUAGCUAAAGUAACGGAUUUUGCAAAAUAGCAGUUAACUGACUGAAGGCGCGCGCGGGUGGG